AUGGCGGACUUGGCGUUAAAACCAUCGAAGGAUCUUCAUACUUUUAUGGUAAAAAUGGACAGGUACAUUAAUCAGGAGGAAACACUCCGAGCCCUUCUCGGUAAUUCCCAGCAGCAACAACAGCCUUCCACCGAGAAGCCCAAGAAGAAGAAGAAUCCCGAGCCCACACAGGAUGCCGGUCCCGGGGAGUACAAGAAGGCGAAGAAGAAUUUCGGAGAUUACAAGUGGACUCCAUUAAAUGCCUCUCUCACCGAGUGUGUAUCACUGAGACAGUUGAUUGAGAAAUUUAUCGAGAAUGGGAAGCUAGUCCGAUUUCUCGUUAAUGAGAGAAACCAACAGGAGCGGGACCAAUAUCCACGACCUAGAAGAGAAGAAGAUCGGAAUGAAAGGAGAAACUAUAGACCGAGGCAGGAAGAAAGAAGAGGUAGAAGCAGAGAACCAGCACCUCGGCCUCGAGGAGAAGAAAUAAGAGAAAGGAGCAGGAGUAGAGCUCGGGUGGAGCAGCAAGGCAACCUUCCUAUCAUCCACACCAUGUUGGGAGGAUUUGGAGGAGGAGGCGAGUCCAAUUCGGCUCGGAAGGCAUAUGCCAGGCAACCGGAUGAUUUCAAAGUAUAUUCGGUCCAAAAGCCCCCAAAGUCUCGAAAAUAUAACCCUCUGAUUAUAGGGUUCUCGGAUGAUUAUUAUGCUGGAGUCUCACUUCAGCACACAUAUGCCCUUGUGGUCACCCUAACAAUAGCAAAUUAUCAGACUCAACGAAUCCUUGUUGACACAGGGAGCUCGGCUGAUAUUAUGUUUAAGUCAGCCUUUGAUUACAUGGGAGUCCCACGGGAGAAGGUGGACCCGGUCUCAUGCCAAUUACAGGGUUUCGCUGGAGAAAAUGUGCUGCCUCUCGGUUCUAUCGAUCUCCCUGUGACGGCGGGGACUUAUCCGAGGCAAAAGGUCAUCAUGGUGAAAUUCUUGAUAGUUGACAGAGUCUCGGCCUAUAAUGCCAUUAUCAGAAGGACAGCUCUCAACGACUUAAAAGCUAUGACCUCAACACCGCAUCUCAGUAUGAAGUUCCCGACAGAAGAAGGAGUUGGAGUAGUUAAGGGAGACCAGAAGGAGUCUAGGCGUUGUUACAACUUAUCCCUGAAAGACACCCCAAGGCAGCACAAUCUGGGUGAGAAAGCUAAGGAGGAUGGGAAAUAG